UGUCUUUAGCUGAGGGGCGGGCCAUGCUGUCAGCUUCACUUCUCGUGAGCUGUGUUGGCAUAAAGGCAUUCAGUACAGAGGAAUGGUGACAGCUGAGGGAGAGCCACCCUACACAUAGUACAGCCAUGAAGGAAAUCAUGGCACAGAAAGAGAAGCUCCAAUGUCUGAAGGACUUCCAUAAGGACACCUUGAAACCGUCACCAGGAAAGAGCCCAGGCACGCGGCCGGAGGAUGAGGCGGAGGGCAAGCCACAACAGAGGGAGAAAUGGGAUAGCAAGCUCGACUUUGUCCUGUCUGUGGCCGGAGGCUUUGUUGGUUUAGGGAACGUCUGGCGAUUCCCAUACCUCUGCUAUAAGAAUGGUGGAGGUGCUUUUCUCAUCCCCUACACCAUCUUCCUGUUUGGGGGAGGUCUGCCGGUGUUCUUCCUGGAGGUGGCUCUGGGCCAGUUUACUUCUGAGGGAGGCAUCACCUGCUGGGCUAAGCUCUGUCCCAUCUUCACUGGUAUUGGUUAUGCCUCUGUUGUGAUCGUCUCUCUACUGAACAUCUACUACAUCGUGAUCUUGGCCUGGGGACUCUACUACCUGUUUCAGUGCUUUCAGCCUGACCUCCCCUGGGCCAAAUGCAAUCAACCUUGGAACACAGUAAACUGUGUGGAGGACACAGUCCGCAAGAACAAGACACUCUGGCUGGCUGCCAAUAUCACCAACUUCACCUCCCCCGUUACUGAAUUCUGGGAACGCAAUGUUCUGAGUAUCUCCUCUGGGAUUGAAGAUAUUGGCCCUGUGAAGUGGGACCUGGCGCUGUGUCUGCUGGCCGUGUGGGUCAUCUGCUUCUUCUGCAUCUGGAAGGGAGUCAGGUCCACUGGGAAAGUGGUGUACAUCACAGCUACUUUCCCCUUCGUCAUGCUUAUUGUGCUGCUGGUGCGAGGAGUUACUUUGCCUGGAGCAGCUGAAGGGAUCAAAUUCUACCUGUAUCCUAACCUGACCCGUCUUCAGGACCCUGAGGUUUGGAUUGAUGCAGGAACCCAGAUUUUCUUCUCCUAUGCCAUCUGCCUGGGGGCUAUGACGUCACUGGGGAGCUACAACAAAUACAAAUACAACUGCUACAGGGACUGUUUGCUGCUGGGAGGCCUCAACAGCGGUACCAGUUUUGUGUCUGGCUUCGCAAUAUUUUCCGUCCUGGGCUUCAUGGCACAAGAGCAAGGGGUGAACAUUGCCGAUGUGGCAGAGUCAGGUCCUGGUCUGGCUUUCAUUGCCUACCCUAAGGCAGUGUCAAUGAUGCCCCUGCCUACCUUCUGGGCUGUGCUCUUCUUCAUCAUGCUUCUCCUUCUUGGCCUGGACAGUCAGUUUGUUGAAGUGGAAGGACAGAUCACCUCUCUUGUUGACCUGUAUCCAUCCCUCCUAAGGAAGGGUUACCGACGCGAGAUCUUUAUAGCUGUUAUGUGUUCCCUAAGCUAUCUUCUGGGACUUACCAUGGUAACAAAAGGUGGCAUGUACGUGUUUCAACUCUUUGACUACUAUGCAGCCAGCGGUGUGUGCCUUCUGUGGGUUGCAUUCUUUGAAUGUAUUGCUGUAGCCUGGGUUUAUGGCGUUGAUAAUUUCUAUGAUGCGAUUGAGGAUAUGAUUGGCUACAGACCAAACGCUUGGAUGAAAUGGAGCUGGACCUUUAUCACUCCCAUUCUCUGUAUGGGCUGCUUUGUCUUCUCGUUGGUAAAGUACAAGCCCCUGACCUACAACAAGGUGUAUGAGUACCCAGACUGGUCCAUCGGCCUGGGCUGGUGUCUGGCCCUCGCCUCCAUGAUGUGCAUCCCAAUGGUGGUGGUCAUCAAGAUCCUUCAGUCUGACGGACCACUGAUUGAGAGGAUCAAGGCGGUGGCCGCCCCUGUGAAAGGAGGAGCGAGUUCUCGCCCCAAAGAGUACAGUGUGAAGGGCAGCGAGCUCACCCAACCCCUGGACCCCAACGGGAACAACGGCCUGAUCAAGCCCACCCACACCGUUGUAGAGACAAUGAUGUGAGCGCUCUCUGUGAGAGGAGAUUUGAAGACAGAGAAGGAAGCAUUCGGUCUCAAGAGGCUUUUUGGAACAAUCAAAUCAUGAUGGGAUAACAUGGGUCAUCUGGUUUUGCACAGAGUUGUGGAGUCCAUGCACGCUGUCAUUGAAGGAUAAAAAGGUAACAUACCAACUUAGAUCUCUGAAAUUCCUGAUUUUCUUUCAAAGAUUCUCCUUUUUACUCAAAUUGUUAAACUGAUAUAAUCAUGUUAUGAAAAAAAUCGUAUUACAUUACAAAUGCAAAAUAGAAAAAUCUGCCAAGUGUUUUUUUUAUCAAUAAAUUGAAUCUAAUGUUAGAAUGUCAGCUAGAUCUGCUCAUUAGCAUUAAGCACUGUGAUUAAAUUACGUCACAUUAAACAUUGUUUCAUUGAGCAAGUGCUUCUAGGAAUCACAUGCACUCACCCCAAAAAUAGAAGACUUUAUUUAAAUUGAAUGUAUUCCUCCUUUCCCUCAUGCCCCCUCGGACUGUCAGCAUUAGAACUCAUUGACACUUUUAGUACACCAUCUUGGCUGUCUCCUCUGCUAUCAAUCCCUCAGCAGUGGCAGGUGGAAAGCAUGUUGACAUCUGUUCCACACAAACAUGACAGGAUUAUUUUCUGCCAUCACCAGUAAAGAGUGCAGGGACUGAGGAAAGCCUGUUCUGUCUGUCAAUUGACAUCAUACAAUAUAGAGGUGAUCCUAGGUUAUCAGAAGGUCUGACAUAGUCAUGGUCUGUCUGUGUGAUUAACAACUACCCAAUCGAACAUCACCCCCUGCAAGGUUCCUCCUUGGGAUACAAUAAAUGAGAUAGAUGAAGGCCAAAUAAAAGGGGGAAGGGGACAAAACUUCCUAAUGUCUUUAUUUGAAUAAAAAGCAAUAAAUACAUUUCUUGUAUUUGAAUACAAUUCUGUAUACAGUAAAUCUCACAAGCCAAUUUUCAUUUGAAUAGGUUUAGUUACCAACUCAAAUGCCUUGGAGGACAUCAGGAGAGAUUGAACAAUGUGACCAAAACACUACAUAGGAAACAUUCAGCAUCACAUCUGAAAUACAGUAACCACACGUGCAUGUCAGUCAGAUGAUAAAAACACUGUACUUGAAACAACUCUAAAAGAGAAAUCCAAUAUCAUCAAAAUUUACCAUUAAAAUAAAAAUGGGCCUCUUUAAACAACAUGCAACAUUUUGACAGGAAAUAAUAUUACAAUUUAGUUUUUCCCCAGAGGAUUAAUAGGCAUCUCUCAGCUCUAAAUGGGACAGAAUGAGUCGGCAAUCUCAUCACAUCUUUACACCAGCCAAUAUAUGAAAUGAAAGAAAUAAUCUUAUUUUCACCGAGGCAGAUGGGUAAGCAGGCCAGUUGUGUAACGUCAGCGCAGUAUAAAAAUACACAAUGUCAUGAUAAAAUGGAAAAGCACUUGCAAGGUUUCUUUGGGCAAAACAGAGAUGUCAAUUGUUCAGCACACUAAUGUUCUGAAAUUCCCUUAAUGAACAAUGACAGCUUUGAACUGGGGAGAAAUCCUAUACAUGCACACACAUGGGAGGGAGCCAUCGUGAAGAAGGGCAAUGAGAAAAGAAUCAUGUGGAGGGCAUGGGGCCUCAGAGGAAGCAUGAAUAGUUGAAAAGUAAAACAAUAAAAUCAUUCAUCAUUUAAACUGAAAGGUAGGUCACUACACGUCGAGGGCAAGACCGGGGCCGGUAAGCUACUGUGAGCCAUUAUGAUCCAAUGCCUUGAGAGACAACUAUUUACACAAAACACAGACAAUGGAGGUGAAAUCAAAA